AUGGUGUUGGAUAAUGGUCAGUUCAAUCCUGGAAUCCUCAAGGCUGAUAUUGUAAAGUUUACAAGUGACUGUGAAAUUAGGAUGAUAGGUGAUGUAAUAGUUUCUAUAUUUGGUGGUAUGGGUAUAGCUUCAAAUUUUCUUACUGAAGUUAUGGUUGUCUUACGUGCUUGUGAAUGGGCCAUACUUUACUACUUUCGAAAGAUAUAUAUUAGAACUAACUCAAAGGCAGUAAUGGCUUCUUCCAUGUAUGGAAAUCUUCCCUGGGUCUUUUUUUCUCUUUUCUUUGGCUCUACUGUUGUAUCUCUGGAUAAACAUGCACAACAACCAGCAUCAACACCCAUGACAGACAACACCAUUAAUACUACCCCACCAUCACCAGUAGCAACUCUCAGUUCUCCACCUCCACAACCUAAGAUGAGCACCAAGUUUAAGGAUUUGUUAGCAUUGGGUGGGCCAGUACCAGAGAGAAUUAACAGCAGGUCGGCUUGCCAUGGUACUGUUGCUUCCAUGGGAGUAGAACUUGCUAGAGGUACUGAUCUUGCAACACAAUUGACCAACAGAGGGAUUUUAUGGUUCAUAGGUACCAGUGUUGUGCUAUCUUUAGCCUCCCUGAUACCAUUGUCUAAAGGUAUCAGCGUUGAGUCCGAAUCAGAUGGGGUAAUGACAUCAAAGGCAGAGUUGUGGAAAGGUAGAUUUGCCAUGUUAGGUUUUGUUGCUUUGGUAUUUACUGAAUUUGUCACCGGUAGUGCGUCUGUUUAA